UUCUGUUAUUUUUAAAAACUUAAGAUAAUAUUAAUUAUUUUUUACUAUUUAUUCUUUAAAUUAAAACCAAUUAAUUAAUAAUAAAGAUAAAAGCUGCAAUAGAUCAAACAUUUAUUAAGAUGAAUAUAAUGAGAAUAUUAAAUUUGUCGUUUAAUUUUUAUGUUAAAUUUUUAAAGUGGCAGAUUAAAAAAAUAUAUUAUAUCUCCUUAUAUAUUCUCGUGAUGUUUUUUUAAUUAUUUUAUAAAAUAAUUAAAAAUUAAAAAAGUACAUGUAUUUAUCGUUUUAAACUAUUUAAUAUGUUUUCUUAAAUAAUUCAGAAUAUUUAUAAGAAGAAAAAAAAUUGUAUUAUUUACAUAAAAUACAUGUAAAUGGAAAAUAGAUUAUAAAAAUAAAAUUCUGCAUUAAAAUUUAUGUUUAACUAUAUUAAAAAUGACAAGAUAAUGUAUAUUUUUAUUAUAUUUUAUAGUUUAUUCACUAGUGCCGUUGUCAUAUUAAUUCUAAAAAUUGAGAAUGUAAAUUUUCUAAAAAUAUUACAACACACUGCUGAAAAAUAAACGUUGAGAGUAUUUUGUAAGACUAAUCAUACAUACAUUGACUUGGCGUAGGUGAAAUGAUAAUCGAUGGCAGUCAUGGCCACGCAUUCAUGCUUUAUAUGGUACUUCUCCGACUCCGAGUCAGAUACACACAAACUCAAUGGAACACCUUAAGCCAAGCGCUGCAAACUCUUCCCCUCUCACCCCUCUCGGCUUCUUGGACCGAGCCGCCACCGUUUACCCCGACACUCCCUCAGUCAUCUACAACGACACCGUUUUCACCUGGUCCCAAACCCACCGCCGAUGCCUCCAACUCGCCUCCGCCCUCUCCUCCCUCGGAAUCCGCCGCGGCCACGUCGUCUCCGUCGUCGCCCCCAACAUUCCCGCCAUGUACGAGCUCCAUUUCGCUGUCCCCUUCGCCGGCGCUAUCCUCAACAACAUCAACAUCCGCCUCGACGCCCGCACCAUCUCCGUCAUUCUCCGGCACGCUGAAUCCACGCUCGUGUUCGUCGAUUGCGCCUCACGCGACGUCGUCCUCCAAGCCUUAUCGUUAUUCCCUCCCCAACACACUCGACGCCCAGUCCUCGUCCUCAUCACUGACCCCACGAUUCAACUCGACGCCCAACCUUCCCCCACCGUCGAUUUCAUAGACACCUACGAGAGCCUCGUUAACAAAGGCGACCCAAGUUUCAACUGGGUCUGGCCCAACUCCGAGUGGGACCCAAUGGUACUUAACUACACCUCAGGAACGACGUCGUCUCCCAAAGGCGUGGUUCACUGCCACAGGGGAACAUUCAUCAUAACCGUCGACUCGCUCAUCGACUGGGCCGUUCCAAAGAACCCCGUUUAUCUCUGGACUCUCCCGAUGUUCCACGCUAACGGGUGGAGCUUCCCGUGGGGGAUCGCAGCCGUGGGAGGCACCAACAUCUGCGUCCGCAAGUUCGACGCUGGAAUCGUCUACUCUCUUAUUAAACGCCAUCACGUCACUCACAUGUGCGGCGCACCCGUCGUUCUCAACAUGUUAACUAACUCCCCCGACAAUAAACCGCUCCAGAGCACGAUUCAGAUAUUAACCGCCGGAGCGCCGCCUCCAGCUGCGGUGCUCCACCGGACUGAGUCCCUGGGGUUCGCCGUAAGCCACGGUUACGGAUUGACGGAGACCGGAGGACUGGUGGUGUCGUGCGCCUGGAAGCAGAAGUGGAACCGGUUGCCGGCGACGGAAAGAGCGAGGCUGAAGGCGCGGCAGGGGGUGAGGACGGUGGCCAUGACGGAGGUGGACGUGGUGGGAGCCACAGGGGAGAGCGUGAAGCGCGACGGGGUUACUAUCGGUGAAGUCGUAAUGAGAGGAGGGUGCCUAAUGCUAGGAUACCUCAAGGACCCUGAAGGAACCGCGAGUUGUUUUAAGAACGGGUGGUUCUACACGGGGGAUGUUGCGGUUAUGCAUGAGGACGGGUAUCUUGAGAUUAAGGAUAGGUCGAAGGACGUGAUUAUCAGCGGCGGCGAGAACUUGAGUAGUGUGGAGGUGGAAUCGGUGCUUUACGGUCACCCGGCGGUGAACGAAGCGGCGGUGGUGGCGAGAGCCGAUGAGUAUUGGGGUGAGAGGCCGUGUGCGUUCGUGAGUUUGAAGGAAGGGGUGAGGGAGAAACCGACGGAGAAGGAGAUAAUUGAGUAUUGUAGGAAGAACAUGCCGCAUUACAUGGUUCCUAAAACGGUGGUUUUCAAGGAUGAGCUUCCGAAGACUUCGACGGGGAAGAUUCAGAAGUUCGUUCUGAGACGGAUUGCCAAGGACAUGGGACCCAUCACGCAAAGUCGAAUCUGAAACAAAAAUCGGUGAAUGCCUCCAAAAUGGUUCUUGCCGAUUCAACUUACACGUGUCUUGCCGUGAUCGUUUCGUGACGGAGAUGAUAUUGCCGUGGGGUCAAUUUUUCAUUCUUACGUUGCAUCGCAAGGUUUUAUCUUUAUGUGUAAUAAAAUAAUUUAAACGAAUGAUGCAGAAGUGAAUUCAUUUCAGAAGGAUAAGGUGGAUGACGGACAGCUUGUCUUGGGUGUUGAAUGUGUCCUCUUCGCUUAUCUCUUCCUUUUACAGUUUUCCUUUUGGAUAGAAUGGGAAUAAGUGCUUUUUAAUUAAUGGAUGACACUUGGAAUAAAUAAUUUGAAAAGAUUAAAAGAAAGGUAAAUGAUAGUUAGCGUUUCUCUUUUUUAAAUGUAUGAUCAAAUCAUACUUUAGCAUUUUUUGAAGCACCUUUUUUGUUCCCAAACUCGAGACCAAUUUCCUUCCUUUAUUUUGCUCAUUGGACAAUCACAUUUUGAUGGCAACCGAUUUCACUUUGACCUACUUACAGUUAUAUUGUGCUAGCUAGCUUUAAUCGAUUUCAAGUCUUUUCCAGAAGAAUGGGAAGUUAUAUUAAUGACCGAUUGAACUACAAGAACAAUCAUAGGCCUAUUAGCUCAACACCAUGUGUUCAAGCAUUUACGAAAAUCACAAAAGAUGCAGCGGCUUCUCUACACCUACACCACGCGCAGCUGCAUGAUAUGAACAUAACAAAAUAAUUUCGCUGCAUACAGUGGAGACUGUCUUUGACUUUGAUCUUUGGAUUCUUAUGAUUUUAAAGUUUCAAUGGGAACGCAAUUACGUGAAAAAGAAAGCUAUCCAUUGUAAAUUUAGAAUGUAUUGACUUUUACCCUCCUACUUAUCUUCUUGCCUUCAUAAUCCAACUUGAUAUCUAUGAAUUCUCAAUAAUAUCUUAUAUCAUCGC